CGGAUUUCAAAGAACAGGGUUUAAGACACCAAAGAUGAAUACUGGCGGGUACGGUGUUUUGGCACCGCAGAAUAUAUCACACAUCGAUGAGUUUGAGAAUUUGCAGAGUCAAAUGGACGAAUUUUAUGUUCGAUUGGAGAAUUCAUUAGUUGAUAAGAGAACCAAUAUAAUGAACGAUAAACAAAAGCAUUACGUUAGAGUACACGAACUCGAAAACCAAGAGCAGUCCAUGAAGCGAAACAUUGAGCAGAUGAAGGUUAAGAUAGACAAGACCAAGGAGUUGAUAAGCAAGACAUUAGAAGAUUUACAAAAUCAACAACUUAUUGUUGAUGAUUUGAAUAAGAAAGAGGAGCAUUUACAAGAAUUGAAGAAGAGCGUUAACAAAGAGAUAGAAGACUUGAAUGAAUCGAUUAGCAAAUUGACCAAUGAAUACGACACCCUGAAGAAAAAUUUAGCCGAUCAAGUAGAAAAAGAUUAUCCCGAGUUACUAAAGUAUGAAUUAUAUCUAGGGCUUAAGAUUGAAGUGAUCAAAGAGAAUGUACUUAGGUUUGUAUUCGAUAAUAUUGAUCCCCAUGAGAUUGACCGAGAAGUAUGGUGCGAUGUUAACGUUGGAGGAGAAUCGUUAAAAGUCGAAAGGUCAAAUCCAGAAUUAGGUCAAGAAAUUAUUGAAUUAUUAGAAAACGAAUACGAUGAUCAUAAAGAGUUGGUUAUAUUUCUUAAAACAUUGAGAGGACUACUAAGAGAGAAGAUUUAAACCAUGACAUCGUUUAUAUUAAAAGGAAUAUUUAAGUAUUUCUAACCCGUUUAUGUUUAUAGAUAAACAGAAAGUUUGUGAGAAUGGUUCUGAUAUAAAAGGGAUCCUUUGAUAUU